AGUUUUGAUGCCUUCAGGAUUCAUAUAUGAUGUUGAAAAUAAUAAACAUAAGGUGUAAACAAAGUUUUGACUGAAAAAGUAUGAAAAAUAUGUAUGGUAUCAAAAAAGUAUGAGAACAAUGGCUCUUCCAUGUUGUGUUGUUCGUUUAAAAAACCGGGCUAAAUGUGAUCAUUGGUGAAUAAAAGAUGAUUGUUGGUGUCAUUUUGGAUUUAUUUCCCUAAUAUAUAAAAAGAAUUAAAAGUCAGAGAGAUAAAAAUAGCUUUAUAAGAGUCGCCGUGUCCAUGCUGAGGAGGAGUCCGGGAGAAAAGUCAUGUAAAGCGGCGGAGUGGGCUGAGGUCUUGGGGUUCGGCUGGAUAACUUUAUUAUUUUAACGUUAGUCAAUAAUACUGGCCUGGAUGUCAUCCUGCGACUUUCCUGCUGUGAAUGAACCGAAGGAAAGCGCACGAACGGCGGGGAGAGGGUGUUACAACAGGCCGCGUGUGCGGUAGUCCAAAUCAGGGAACGGUGCUGGAGAAGGAACAAUGGCAGGGGUGUGUGGUUGCUGCUGUGGGGCUUUCAGGCCCCGCUACAAGAGGCUUGUUGACAACAUCUUUCCCGAAGAUCCAGAGGACGGGUUGGUGAAGGCCAACAUGGAGAAGCUGACCUUCUACGCUUUGUCUGCUCCAGAGAAGCUGGACCGAAUCGGAGCCUACCUGUCUGAGAGACUGUGCCGCGAUGUGGCCAGACACCGAUACGGGUACGUGUGCAUUGCGAUGGAGGCUCUGGAUCAGCUGCUGAUGGCAUGCCACUGUCAGAGCAUUAACCUGUUCGUAGAGAGUUUCUUGAAGAUGGUGCGCAAACUCCUAGAGGCCGACAAGCCCAACCUGCAGAUCCUGGGAACCAAUUCGUUCGUCAAGUUCGCCAACAUCGAAGAGGACACGCCCUCGUACCACCGCAGUUACGAUUUCUUCGUGUCGCGCUUUAGCGAGAUGUGUCACUCCAACUUCGAGGAUCCGGACAUUCGCACCAGGAUCCGCAUGGCCGGUAUUAAAGGGCUGCAGGGCGUGGUGAGGAAAACGGUCAACGACGAACUGCAGGCGAACAUCUGGGAUCCGCAGCACAUGGACAAGAUCGUACCAUCCCUGCUGUUCAACCUGCAGUCUGGAGAAGGCACAGAGAGUCGUUCCCCGUCUCCACUGCAGGCCACUGAGAAGGAGAAGGAAAGCCCAGCCGAGCUGACGGAACGCUGCUUUCGGGAGCUCCUGGGCCGCGCCGCCUACGGCAACAUCAAGAACGCCGUCACUCCCGUCCUCAUGCAUCUUGAUAAUCACUCUCUGUGGGAAGGAAAAACGUUUGCAGUGCGCUGCUUCAAGAUCAUCAUGUACUCCAUACAGUCUCAGCACUCACACCUGGUUAUCCAGCAGCUCCUGGGUCACCUGGAUGCGAACAGUAAGACGUCGGCGAGGGUGCGGGCCGGGAUCGUGGAGGUUCUCCUAGAGGCAGCUGCGAUAGCAUCCAGCGGAUCUGUGGGCCCCACUGUGCUGGAGGUGUUUAAUACUCUCCUUAGGCACCUGAAGCUCAGCGUGGACUACGAGCUCAGCGGAUUUUACGACGCCACCGGCACAGGCAACAAAACGGUUAACGAGCAUGAAGAGAGGCAGCUCCAGGAAGCCGUUAUAAAGACCAUAGGUUCUUUUGCCAGCACGCUGCCUACGUAUCAGCGCUCUGAGGUGAUGCUCUUCAUCAUGGGGAAGAUCCCGAUUCCAGGAAUGCACUUCACACUGCCACCCACAGGCUCUGGGUCUGAGGGUGACAGGAUGAUUCAGGUGAUGUUGCUAAAGUCUCUAAGACAGGUGACCUGCGGCUUCCAGAGCACCAACAUGCUGACGGCUAUGCCCAGCUCCUUCCUGGACCCGCUCCUGUCCUUCGCCCUGCUGGAGGACCCACAAAUCCGUCUGCUGGUCCUCGAAAUCCUUGUCAGCCUCAUCGAUCGUCAUGCCAACCUCCCCAAGUUCUCCACCAUCAGCAUCAUCUCAGAUAUUUCCGUGCUGAAACUCAAGAUGGAGAAGUGUUCCCGUCAGGACAACCUGUUCAUGAAGAAGCACGCGCAGCAGCUCUACAGACACAUUUACCUGUCGUGUAAGGAGCAGAGCAGCACGCAGCCACACUUCGAGAUGCUCUACUCUCUCCUUGCUCUGAUCAGCAUGGAGCUUGCUAACGAAGAGGUGCUGGUGGAUCUCAUCCGCCUCGCUCUGGCCCUGCAGGACUUGGCUUUGGUCAGCGAGGAGACGCUGCCGGUGUUUAACCGCUGCGCUGUUCACGCUCUCUCUGCUGCCUACCUCAACCUCAUCUGCCAGCUCACCACCCUGCCCACCUUCUGCCAGCAUGUCCACGAGGUGAUCGAGAUGAGACAGAAGGAAUCACCAUUUCUUUUACCAGAAGAUGUCUUCAUUAAAAAUCCAAAGGUUCCAGAGACGCUGCAGAAGCCAGCAGGAGAACUGCUGUUCCUGCAGGCGAAGAUCGCAGAGGUGCUGGGAGGAAGUGGCUAUAACACAGAGAGACUCGCUACACCUUACGUCCCUCAGUUCACAGAUGAAGACAGACUCUCAAAGAGAAAGAGUAUCGGAGAAACCAUCUCUCUCCAGGUGGAGGUCGAGUCCAGGAACAGUCCAGAGAAAGAGGAGAGAACUCCAGCUGAGGAAAUCACAUUUGAGGCACUUAAGAACGCCAUCGUGGACAGUGUAGGGAUGGAGGAGCAGGAGCGGGAGAGGAGGAGGCAGGUGGUGGAGAAGUUCCAGAAGGCCCCGUUCGAGGAGAUCGCAGCACACUGUGGAGCCCGAGCCACAAUGCUGCAGAGCAAACUCAGCCAGAUCUUCGAAAUCACAAUCAGGCCUCCUCCCAGUCCAUCAGGCACCAUCACGGCUAGUUACGGCCAAACCCAGACGCGCUCUGUCCCCAUCUACGAGAUGAAGUUCCCCGACCUGUGUGUGUAUUAGCACAGCGUGAAGGACAUCAUCUCGGCGAAGAGUGCGUGUGUGGGACGUGUUGGACAGCGAUCAUGGACAGUCUUUCCCAACUCAUCUUGAAGAGGAAACCCUGUGGGGUGCCAUUACUUUUACUCCCCCAUUCAGAUUCGUGAUCUGUGUGCCUCGUGUUCUGAAUUCGGCCGGGGGAUGUAUUUUUUUUUUUUUGAAGCGGAAUGCACGUUUGCUAAUGCUAGUGUAUUUGAGUUUGUGUUUCGAGUAGUAGCGCUAGUUCAUUUUCUAGGCGUCGCCAUUUUUUCCGCUAACCAUUUUUGCAUCUUAUUUACAUUUUUGUUUUUCUUAUCGGUGCUAUUUUUGCACUUCAUUUAUUUUUUUUGGUAUUUUAAAAGUUUUAUCGGCGUAAUUUUUUGUGCGGAAUGUAAUCGGAAAAAAUCCAACUCGCGUGAGAAAUUUGCAAAAAAAAAAAAACCUUUUUUUUUUUUUUUUUUUUUUUAGUCGUGAUUGAAGUCCAAAAUACUGCGUGUUGCAGAGUCGCACUUUGAUUUAUUAGGGCUAAAUAAAUAAAUCUCGUCAGAUACAAUACAGGCUUUGUAAAAUAUGAAGUUUAGUUAUUUUCGUUUUAGUGUCCAAAAGCAACUUUGUCUCGCUUAGUGACGAAACGUUGUGGCGCGUGUGGUCGAGAACACGACUUUAAAAAGAGGACAGGGACAUGAGUAUGAUCAUACAGUGGACACGUGUCCCGGGAACGUCAUUCUAAUCAGACGUUUUAAUUGGAAGAAUGUAGAGAAUGCGGCGGGGUUUUAGUUACGAUGAAUCUACAAAAUAAAUUUUUAUUUUUACAUCUUUUUAAAUUUAAUUUUAAUUUUUUUUUGGGUUAUAUAUAUUUUUAUAACUUGUGCGUUUCGUCAGUGAUGCUCAUCUUCAGGCUGAUUCUACCAAGCUGAGGGAGUUCUCUCCUGCAUAAAUAAAUGUCAAGAUCUCCUGAUGUUUUAUUUUUUUAUUUUUAUUUUUUAAUUCAUUUUUGUUUUAGUUUAUCGUGACAACGUGACUGUACGUGCCCUUUUCCUGUGUGUCCCGUGUUCUGGUUUAGAUUUUUUUAAAUGAAGCCAUGAUCACAAAAGAAAACAAGAAAACACGACACUGAAGAAAAAAACAUAAUUUUAAAAUCUUUUUAAUUGUAUUUUAUUUAAUUUUUUUUUUUUUUUUUAAACAACUGCAGGGUAAUAAACACACGGCCUGCUUGGUAAGUAUUCUAUAAUUUAUUUUGUAAAAAUAGGAUUUUUUUUCCUUUCUUUUUCUGGUUAUUGCACAUGAACUUACACAAAGUAUAUGCCUAUACAUUUACUGGUCAGAUUUAAUUUUUUUAAUAUGUUAAAUUCAAAUAGUAUAAUUUAUAUUAUAAUUAUUAUGUGUAAUAAUUGUUUUCCUUAUUUUCUCAAUUCAAAAGUUAAAAAACUGUGUGUAUAUAAAUGAAAGUUAUAUACAUAAGCUUGUUAUUGGAAAGAAGGAGAAAUGUGGCUCAAUAAAAAAUCAACCUAAAUUCCA